GCCGGUUCCUAGCCGAACCGGACCGUGAAGGGGCCUAAUUGCAAGCAAAAGCGAGAUGGCCGACAGCGGGCGCCAGACCAAGGUGGCUCGUCCGACGCCGCCAGACGCGCUCGCGCUUCCGCACGUCGUCGAGGCCAUUGCGAUGUGCUUGAAGAACCAAGAGGACUUUAGCAGCUUUCUCUACGCGCUGCCACACUCACUCUGGACGCCGGCGCUCUCGGCCUUUCUCGACUGCGCCACGGACCUGCCAGCAUCGCUCGUCGCCAACUGGCCGCGCAUUGUGCUGGCUACCAUGGCGUUUCCACCUUUGGUCUUAACGGUGCUCGCGGCGACGCUGCCACUGCGACCACGUAUGGAGCUGCAUUGCUCCAUCCGGGACGCCGCGCCACUGGCCUCGCUCGUCGCCGUCGUCGGCCCUGCGCUCAACACUGUCACGCUCCAAUUCUACCGCGGCUGCAUGGUCCAAGGCCAAAGCCAAGCGAUCAGCGACAUCCUCUUGCAGCGCUGCCCACGUCUGCGCCAAGUGUCUAUCUCGGUCCAUUCUUAUUCGGAGAACGAGACCGUCGAGCUCAACAGCCUGCUUGCAGUCGUCGCCCACCCGCAUAUCGAAGAUGUAACCAUCGUCAUGCAGCGCACGACUAUCGCGCCGCCGCGACUCUGGCAUCUUUUGGCAGCGUGGCUCUCGACGGCGCCGGCGACGAAGCUCCGAUUGGCUUAUAUCGCCCGAAUGGACCACGAUGCUGUCAUCGCGUUCUGCGAUGCGCUGCAAGCCAACACAACCCUCCAAGAGCUCACCAUUUUCGACGUACCGAGUCUCGGUGGCUUCCACGGUCGCACGCUCCCAGUGUCGUUAAAGACCUUGGCGUGGAAGAUCCGCCCCAACAGAAACGUCGACGACGCAACGCUGACGGACCUUGCGACUGCCGUCGUGGCCACGCAGCUCGAGCGUCUCGAGUGCAUCGUCUUUGGCCAGUUGGCGACAUGCCCGGCGGCGGCGCCGAUGCUGUCGCAACUGCAGUGCCUCAUCGUCUCCGGUGUGAACGCCGACAACAUGGAGGCAUUGAUCGACGGCUUGUCGUCGGUCCCAGCGCUGACGUCUCUGACGGCUCGCACUUUCGACCUUUCGUUGUCGGCGGAGCUGCUCAUGGAGACGCUCGCGACGACGUGCGUGCAUCUCGAGACGCUUCGUGUCGAUGAUCAGCUCGUUGCUGCAGGCCGCCACCUUCGGUGCCUCACCUUGAAUACCAUCGGGCGCGACAUCUACGAUCUGGAGAAGCGAGCGAUCUGCAAGGCGCUGGCGCGAGUCCCCGACGUCCCAUUUGUGCUUCAGAAUUUGCCAAAAGACAUGGACAAGUUCGUGGUCGACGCGCUCAGCCCACGCGCCGAUCGUCGCCACCAGUGCAUGUUGUAUUUCUAAGCGCUUCGAAUAGCAACUAAUGAA